AGACUGAAACGAGGAAGGCGCUUGUACUAGGGUCUGCUGAAGUCUGACAUCCGCCUGGCAGGGGUCGUGAGCGUAACCUUGUUCGUUCCAAAACUACACGACACUCUCUAUCUGUGGUGGUGAAUUAAUUGCCGGCUUUCCUUUCGCCUGGCGUGUUUGAUUUGGAAGUUGGUCCAGUCGAGCAAAUUCGUUUGAAAACUGUACAUUCUGCAAUGGCCACUAGCACUUGGGGUGGACCCGUCCGAGAUGGAAAGGGCAAGCGAAACGCGGACGCUUUUGACGUUGAGGCGCAGGUCAGCAUGGAGGGCUCUGUGAGCAGUGUCGCUGUCGCUAUUCGUAUGGGAUUCUUGCGGAAGGUUUACUGCAUUCUGACUGCUCAGCUUGCUCUCACAACGCUGGUUUGCGUGCUAUUCAUGGCCAGCAAGACUGUCAAGUCGUUCGUGCAGAGCACUCCAGCAGCGCUGUACCUGGCCAUGGGCCUGUCGUUCAUUCUGAUCUUUUCCCUUAUUGCCAAGCGUCAUGAAACGCCAACUAACAUGUAUCUCCUGUUUGCAUUCACGCUAGUUGAAUCCUACACUGUGGGCACAGUUGUGACAUUCUAUGACCAAAAGGUCGUGGCCGAAGCUGCUAUGCUCACACUGACAGUGUUCAUUGCGCUCACAAUCUACACGCUGCAGAGCAAGCGAGACUUUAGUGCUUGGUACGCUGGCCUCUUCACCGCCCUCUGGAUUCUGAUCGGUGCUGGCGUCAUGCAAAUAUUCCUGCACAGCGAGACCUUGGAGAUGAUGAUGGCUGCUGGUGGUGCAUUCCUGUUCAGCCUGUUCAUCAUCUUCGAUACACACAUGCUAAUGCACAAGCUGUCUCCCGAGGAGUACAUUUUGGCGUCCAUCAAUCUCUAUUUGGACAUCAUCAAUCUGUUCUUGGAAAUCCUGCGCCUCUUGAACGAGGCCAACAAGAAUUAACACGAGUAACCAACUGUUCCUGGCAUAUACACAUGCUUACCAAGUUUGAUCCGAUCAACAAGCCCGAGUCUUCUUCCGUGGAACAUGCUGAAGUGCCCGGGUACAUCCAUACUUGUAUGCAAGCUGUAUUUGCCACUGUACGAACCAGUGUGUUGAUCAGUGUGCGGUUUCCUUCGUCAUGGACUCUUUCUGCGUGCAUGUGUGUGUGUGUGUGCGCGCUCGUGUGUGCCUGCUUGUGCACGUGUGUGUAUGUGUGUGUGUCGGUGGCGUGAAUUCAUUAGAUUUGUCGUAUAAAUUGAAUAAUGUUUGUCCAACCUACACACCCCUUCCAAAAAAAUAAUCCUUUUCCGAAAAGUUUGAAAUUCUGAUAUUUUAUGACAUGAAUCAUCCAUGAAAUUUAAAUGGCUGGACCAACUGCAGUUUUAUCUUAUCAUCGUUCGCUAGCCUAGGUAUCUUUGUGUGUAUUUGGUAGACACCGAGACGGUGUUAACUGUGUGUACUCGAGCUACACCAGUUUCUGUGUAUGUGUAUGUAGCUUGCUGUGUGCUUCAGCUUCAUCUAGCCAUUUGGAAUAUUCUACCGAAUUGCUUCGCAACGAAAUUAUAUUACAUUUUCCAAUUGCUUCUUGCCUGCAUUUUUCCGAUGAACUUUCUUGCUAGAACAA